CCGGGUGUACCUUGCAAGCCGCUUUGGCAGCAGCAGCACGUGCUGUGCGUGAGCAGACAUGAGUGGAGUCGCUCGUACGAGUUCCAUGCCUCAGAUAAUGCCUGCCACGGGGGAUGCCGUGUUGGAGGAGUCUUCUAGAGCCGAGGGGUUGGAGAUGCCGUGCGGUUCUCGUCGUGAGAAGACAGUCACAGAGGUGACUCAGGUGAGUGCUAGGCUUGUUCGGGUGAGGACGGGGGCUGCCCAUGUGACCGUGGUGGAGGACGAUCCCGAGACGGAACCUGCACGUGAGGAGGCCCCACAGGAGGGUGAUGAGUACAGGGACGACGAGGAGCGUGAGGAGGAGGAGAGCGACAACGGGGAUGAUGACGGCUACCACAACGACGACGACGAGCCCUCCCCUCCACCACGGCAUGGUUCUCGUAGACAACGUGGCUCUCGUAGAGGACAUGAUGACGUAGACGACCCGUCCCCUCUAGGGCAGCGGGAGACGAGGAGUCGGAGGAGGCAAGGGUCAUCCGUUGCGACAGCGCCGGGGCGAGGGAGUGUUUCAUCGACACGCAGCACGAGUGGGGCAAGGUAGAGAGGCACUGGUAAGGGGAAGGGAGGUCGACGGUAUUGACAGCUUCGUUCCCCUUCCAAUGCUUCCACGACGCCU